UCUGUGCUUGUGCCCUGAAGUACAGAAUAUUGUCGUUAAAUUCAAAGGAGGCGCAAGUUUCAAACUUUUAAACGAACUUUACCUACUUACAUUAGAUUUUGGAGAGUGGACGGCGGACGCGACAUUUAAAAUACGUUGUGAUUUUACAUGUGUUUCACUCAACCGAUUGCGACUUUUUGACCACUUCUUUUUUCCGGGAGAACCCCGGAAUUCCGGGAGAGUCGGCAACUCUAUGUUACACUGUACAGGAAUGGAAGAAAAUCCUACACCUGGCGAGGAUGAAAAUGCUACUUCUACAUCUCAAGGAGUGUCCUCCAAUGCUGCACCACCGAUGAAUGCUGAGAUAAUUUCGAUGGCUCAGCUGUUGAAGUCAUCUGGGUCAUCAAUCAGAAAUUUUUGGCCUUCAGCAUGUGAGGCCACCGUUUCAUCGAGCUCAUCUGCAGCAUCUUCCGACAAAACUGACAACCGCGACACAUUUGGCUAUUUACCCGAAUCAGUUGAUAUGCGCCGCGAGGAAGAGAGGCUCAAAACUUUUGACAAAUGGCCCGUCUCAUUCCUAUCACCGGAGCAGCUCGCCAAGAAUGGAUUCUAUUAUCUCGGUCGCGGCGACGAGGUUCGUUGCGCUUUCUGUAAGGUUGAAAUAAUGCAAUGGGUGGAAGGUGACGACCCUGCAACGGACCACGAACGCUGGGCGCCCCAAUGUCCGUUUUUGCGAAGACACGACGGAGCUAGAAGUAUUCCCGCGGAUAUACCGCCUACUGUUGACGGACGCGACGAAUGCGGAGCUAAAGUACCGCCCACGGCCACAGGAACUCGACUACCCGGACCCGUACACGCAAAGUACGCUUCGAUGGCCGCUCGACUUCAAACCUUCGCCGACUGGCCACGUAGCAUGCGACAAAAACCCGAGGAUCUCGCCGAAGCGGGCUUCUUCUAUACCGGCAACGGGGAUAAAACCAAGUGCUUCUACUGCGACGGUGGCUUAAAGGACUGGGAAAACGACGACGAACCUUGGGAACAGCACGCCCGUUGGUUCAAUAGAUGCGCCUACGUCCAACUCGUCAAGGGCCGCGACUACGUUCAGCAGGCAGUCACUAAGGCGGUCACUAUCACAGCUCCUAAAGAACAAAAAGAAACUCCAACGGAAUCUGCACCCGAAACAGAAAAAGCUAAGGCAUCGGAUGAACCUUCAGUGGAAGAUUCAAAAUUGUGUAAAAUAUGUUUCGCGGAAGAAAGGAACGUAUGCUUCGUGCCCUGCGGUCAUGUGGUCGCUUGCGCGAAGUGCGCGCUGGCGACGAAUAAAUGCCCAAUGUGCCGGAGAACUUUCCAAAAUGCUGUGCGUUUGUAUUUUUCGUGAGGAGGGUUCAUUCGGGGACUCGUUUCUAGUCACUUUAACCGAACAGUCCUUUAGCGUGCUGAAACCACGCAACCCCAUUAAUGCAACAGCUGUGAUUUUAAAUAUCGGGCGGUGGGGCGUUUCCUAUUACUCCGAGGACACGGAGCGCGUGGACUCGGGAGAUAAAUGUAGACAAUGAAGUUUAAUUAUUUAUUAUUUAUGAAUACGAUGGUGUUAAUUCUGUUGUAUAGUAGCUAAGUUUAUUUUUCAUCAGUAAAAUUUUUGUUUAUUCAAAAACAUCGCUGAAGGUAAAAGUAAAUUUAGUUAGAAAAAAGUGCAAAAGCUAAUAUUUUGUGUAAGUGUACCGGUAUCUCAUAUUUGUAAAAAAAAUGUUUUAAUGAUUGUGUACACUUAUUCAAAGUCUUGCUGGCAAGCGACAACUGUUAAAAGCAUCUUUAAUCUAUUACAUUCAUAUCACUAAAAGUUUUUGGAGAACUGUACAUUUAAAAUAUAUUCAAAAUAAUAUUAUUAAACAAUUUCUGUGUCUGAGAUAAAGUGGUCACUAUCAUAUCAAUGUAAAUAUGUAAUAUAUUUUAACUUAAGUUAUGAUAUUUAUGCAUGUCACCGAAUUAACACCAUUGUAAGAAUAAUUAUUAUAUUAUGUGUAAAUAUUUUAGCUUAUCAUUUUGUCCCACCGACAAGUCAAAAUUUUCAAUUUUAACCAGUAUAAUAUUAUGUGGUGCAAUUUGUUAAUAAAAUAAGAUAUUAGACUGCCAAUUUACAACUAUUCUGUUUCGGUGUGAUAUUUAUUUCAGGAAUCAUAGUGAUUGUUGAAAGAACAUUUUUAAUAAUUUCAAUAAAAUUGGAGUAGUGUUUUCAAAGAUUUUGUAAUUUAUGUUUAUUCAGUUAAAUGACUUCAUGUUAUAAAUUAAAUAAUUAUUGUUCUUGUAAAUAACUUAUGUUGACAAUAACAGGAAAUACUAAGAUUAAUUAGGUAGACAUAAUGAUGAGCGGUAUAUAUAUUUAUUAAAUUAAUAUUAUAGUAUCAAAAUUGUAAUGUUUAUUCCACUGCCAAAUUUUGUUUUCAAAAUAAUCAGAUUCAAGAUAGUAAGAUAUCUUAAAAACCAUUAUCAUAUUUUAAGCUGCUUUAGAAAUUCUAGUUGCUGUAUUCGACUUUGCAAUAUUUUGAUAAUUUAACCAAUUCUUAGAAUUUUAUUGAAUAAAAUUUACAAUGCCAUAACAUUAGUUGUGGUAUGUAGAAUAAACAUUGUUUCCAUAGGUGUUUCAUCAUUUUUCGGCUUCAUUAAUUGUGCGUGAAUAUACAGUGAUUGCUGCAUUUAGUUAAAAUAACUACACACAAACUAAAGACAAGACUAAUAUCCAACGACGAAUUAUUUAUUGUAAGUAACAUUUCAACUAAUAGGAAGUAUUUUUACACUGUCACAUUAUAGUAGCACUGAUUUUAAUUUAAUUAAUGUUUUAACUCGGCAAGUAUACCUUGAUUCAAAGAACUUAAAAAGUCAAGAUUUUUUUUGUAUUAGUUAAUUAUUAUUUCACCGUUGAUGUCAAAUUAAAAAAUAACAGAUAUAUAUACGA